AUGGACUCGCGCCAGGACGAGCAGGAACGGGAAAUCACGAUGAAGUCCAGCUCCAUCGCACUCCGCUGGCUGAGCCCCAAGAACGAAGCCUUCCUGGUGAAUCUCAUCGACUCGCCGGGCCACGUGGACUUCACCUCCGAGGUCUCGACGGCUGCGCGCUUGGCCGAUGGCGCCUUGGUGGUGGUGGACUGCGUCGAGGGCGUCGAAGCGCAAACCAGGACCGUGCUCCGCCAGGCCUAUCGCGAUCGCGUGAAGUCCUGUCUCUUCUUGAACAAGGUGGAUCGCCUGAUCUACGAGCUCAAGCUCUCACCGAUGGACAUCCAUUUGCGAUUGCUGCGCAUCGUGGAGCAGAUCAACGCGGCCAACCAACAGCUCUUCUCCGAGGAGGUCAUGGCGGGUGCAGCCACUUCACGGCCACGCAAGGGCUCGGGAGAGGCCCUGGACGCCGUGGACCUGUCGGAGGAAUUGGACUUCGACGACGAGGACCGCUGGCGCUACAGCCCAGAACUGGGCAAUGUGGCCUUUGGCUCCGCGGUGCAUGGCUGGGCCUUCCGCCUGGACACCUUUGCCACCAUGUGGGCGGAAAAGCUGAAAGCGAAGCCGCAGAACUUGCAGCGGGUCCUGUGGGGCGACUGGACCUACCGACCCAAGGACAAGAAGGCAGUGAUGAGAUCCUCGGACUCCCAGGCAAACACCAUGUUUGCCAGCUUGGUGAUGAAGCCCAUCUGCGACUUCUACGACUCGGUCUACAUGGACCUGGACCGUGAGCGCUUGAAGGGCAUGAGGAAGCAAAUCAAGGCCUGGGACGAUGUGGACUUUGACAAGCUCACAGCAGGCCCGGCGGCCACCAAGGAGUUGGCGUCGAGGUGGCUACCCUUCGCGGACAGUGUCCUGCGCAUGGUCAGUGAGCUGCCAAGUCCUGCUGAAGCAGCACCACAGCGGCUGCCAGUGCUGUGCCCCAAGUGGUUUACGCCCAAGGCGAUCGACCACCCCGUGGCCCGGGACCUGCAGUUGAGUGACCCCAAUGGCAGCUGCGUGGUUUACUUGGCGAAGUUCCUGGCCGCGGAUCUGGAGAACCUGGUGCUCACAGGAACACGAGAUACGCCCAAAGGUGAACAGGACGUGGACUUCGUGGGGAUUUGCCGAGUCUUUUCAGGCACCCUUCGACCUGGGCUCGAAGUCCACAUGCAGCCCGACCCUUCACGGGUUCUGCGGGUGCAGCGGAUCUUCCUGUUGAUGGGCCGCUUCCUGCAAGAGGUCACCGAAGCGCCCAGCGGCUCCAUCGUGGCGAUCGCCUUGGAGGGCGAGUCCUCCGAGCUGGGUGUUGAACGGUGCCUGACGCUCUGUGAAGACUCUGAUGGUCCUUCCUUCGAAACGCCUUACAGCAAUCAGGCCUUCGCGAUUGUGCGCGUGAGCAUCGAGCCAGAGGAUGUGGCAAACUUGAAGGCCCUGGAGCGUGGACUCCGAUUGCUGCACCGUGCAGACCCCUCGGUGAGCGUGGAGGCCAUGGUCACCGGGGAGAACGUGCUGGGCUGUUGCGGCGAUGAGCAUUUGAAGCGAUGCCUCAACGACUUGGAGAAGCUCUACGCCCGGAACAUCAAGCUCUUGGUGACGCCUCCCCUGGUCGCCGUGCGAGAGUCCUUUGCAAAGAGUGUGGAGCGGCCUGAGUUCAAGGUGGCCUCCCUCUUCUUGCCCAUUUGGAUGUCCCACCUCCACGACGCCUCCACGGAGGCACCUCAAGCGGCCGGCUCGAUGAUGUCCAUCCCUUCGGACGACGACACGGUGACCUCCGACGCCGGUCCCGCCGCGACGCUCACCGAGCGAUGGAACAUGUCCCAGAGCGGAGUCAUGAGCGUCUGGACCGCCAACCGCAAGGCCUGCGUUCGGCUGAGUGCCAUUGCUCUCCCCGACGAGGUCCUGGCCUGGAUGGAUGAGCAUGCUGAAGCGCUGGAGAGUGUGGUGCAUCGACAGCAAGCGUCCAUUGAAUUGGUGGGUAGCUCGGAUGGCAGCUUGAUGGGAUGUUUAGCGGAAGUCGAGCAGCAGUUCAGGCAGUUGCAGGAGCAAUCGGACCCAAGUUUCCAAGUGUGCAACGAUGAGGAGAUCAGCCUUUGUGGCAUGAGCGUGGAUCGUGGAAGCCGCACUCUCUUGCUGGAUGGUAGUGGCUCUGGUUGGCGCCUGCGGGACGCGUAUGACACUGCCUUCGGUCUGCUGAGAGCAGAUGAAGGAGGAGUCCCUGAAUGGAUGCGGCCCCACCUCCUGGCGGGCUUUGGCCAAGCGUCCACCGCUGGCCCCCUCUGCGAGGAGCCCCUCCGCGGCGUGGCCUUCCUCGUCCACGGCGCCAGCGGCAGCUUCCGAGAGGAUGAGGAUGCUGCGGCUUUGGCUGCAAACCCUUUUGGACCAAUGAGUGGGCAGGUCAUGGUCGCCACCAAGGACGCCUGCCGUUAUUGCCUGCUACGGAAGGGCUUCUCGCGGAUUUCAGAGGCCAUGCUUUCUGUGGACUUGAACUGUGAGCAGCAUAUGCUGGGGAAGGUCUACGCAGUGCUGAGCAAGCGUCGAGCCAAAGUGCAAGGAGAAGUCUUGCGGGAAGGCACCUCCAUCUUCUAUGUGCAUGCGUAUUUGCCGUUGGCCAACUCCUUCGACUUGGCGAAGCAGCUGAGACAGGCGGCCUCGGGGCACGUCUCCUUCCACGUGGCCUUCAGUCACUGGGAACUCUCUGAGGAAGAUCCCUUUCAGUCGAUGAGCUCCCCCGAAGACCUGGAGGAGAUGGGUGACCAGCCGCCCCCGCCCAACACCGCACGUAAGUUGGUGGAUGACAUUCGAAAGCGGAAGGGCUUGCCCACGGACGAGAAGGUCGUCAAGGACGCCACCAAGCAGCGGACGGAGGAGGUGGAUGGAUUGUUACAACUCAUUGCUGAUGUUCGAGGCGAAAGCCUAGAGGUGGAUCCUGUUGCCUUAAAUGAGGUGAGGAUUUUCCUGCAAGAACACGAGGCGGAGAGCGCGAAGAGCGCCACGCAUUUGGUCUUAGAAAGCUAUCCUGACUGGUGGGUCAGGAAGAAGAGAGCCCCUCCUGGUCUAGACAUCCAGGGUGCUGACGCUCUUGAGGAGCUCUAUCGGCACGUGGGCUUCAUGCACUCCCUGGGCGUCCCGAUGACCUUGGCAGAGAGGCGCACUGCCCAGGGCUUCCGAUUUUUCCAGGACUUGGAAGCCUGGGGUUCCCGAGAGGCCGCCCCACUGGCUGAGACCCUGUUUGGCCCGGAUUCGGCUCUCACCCGACUCAUUGGGACGGUGGUGGGCGAGGUAUUCCCGAGCCACGGGGGCUUUUUGGACGUGGCCGUCUACAACGCCACGGGCCUCUCGCAGACGAAGGGCGUCAGGAAGCUCUCCUUGCGCUUGGUUUGGCCGGGCAUUCUGACCGAUGCCGACCGAGCUUUACGCGUGAGAGAUCUCCUGGUGAAUCGCUUGGUCACCGCCUCGGCAGAGGGCGGGGCCCUGGCCGAGUUGGAGGCGGAGCUGAAAAAGUCCAACGCCUCCAAUGGAUGGCAUAGCUUCAUGGGUGACGCGGCCUACAGCAGCCGUGCAGUGGUGCGGAUGCCGCUGUGCGACCGCGUGGCGCCUUUACCUUUAAGAGGCCCAGAGAAGAGACCUUUUAAUCCCGUGGGAGUCCUGCGAUACAGUUUUUCCGGCGAGAAGAUGACGGUCGAGUGGCUCUGCAAGGAGGCCGACCUGGAGUCCGCCGAGUGGAUGAAGAUCGGCUGCCUCCGCCAGGAGGGCGAGGUGCAGCUCUCUGAUUGGCGCAUGCCAGCCUACCACGGACCGCAGCUGCUCCCUUUGAGCGCCACAAGGACCGGGCGAGUGAAGGUGCGAACCACCGCCGGAAGCGAUGGCCCCAGCAUCGGGGGCGGUCUGCGCUUGCGCAAGGCGUCUGAACGUGCGGGUCAGCUGCAAGUGGUGGAGCGGUCUUUCAGCUGCAGUCCCCAAGAGUUUGCGGAGAAGAUGGAGCAACAGCUUGGGAAGGCGAGCCUGGAACCCGAUGGCGCGCAAGUUUGGCAACAACCCAGCAGCGACGCGCGGAUUGUGAUGUAUGGCGAGGACAAAUGUGUGAAGGUCUUCGGGCGGCCGAACCAAGUGAGAUCCCUGGUGGUGAUCAUCGCCCCGCACACCGAGGCUCGGCUGCAGCACCUUGGAGUGGAUGAGAAUGGGACCAACGGCUAUCACAAGGAGGACAAGAAGCCCAGUGAAGCUUUUGCUCCGGCCAAUGGAGGACCGGAGGAACCCGUCGAGGCAGUCACCGUGGAAAGACGCCGGGCAUCGCAGCAGUUUGAGCCCAUGGGCCAGGGCGAGUUGGGCCUUACGAAGGGCGAUGUGGUGCUCGUGCUCUUGGACCCGCAGGCGGGCCAUGCAGAAGAUACAGACCGUUGGGUCUAUGGGAAGAAGGAGGACAGCAGCGAGCUGGGGUGGUUCCCCCUCUCCCAUACCGUGCUGGAGAAGGAGGACCACCGAGGGGAAGAGCUUGAAGGCGGUCACUGA